UUUCGGCAAUGAAUCGGCUAGGGCACAACGGGCAAUCUAGCUCGGUCGUUUUGUUGCUAAAUGAGAGUGGGCACUGUGCUUUUUGUAGAAUUUUCACAUGUCUGGGUAAUUUGAGUCUUACGGACGAAAACGGCAAGUUAGCUGUAAAUUUUUUGCAAGGAAUUUUUCAUUUUCAAGAUUUUACCCUCCAAUUUUUGAUUAAAUUUUCUUAAAAAAUUUUUAGAAUUUAUAUUUUUUAAAAUUUCAAUGACAUCAAAAAAUAAUGGAGAAGGACGGCAUGUUGAUAAUUUAGAAAAUUCAUCUUCCAACCAACAACCUUUUUUAUAUUAUGAUGAGUCUGCACGUUUAAUUUCUAAUAAUGAUGACCAUUCGGUAGAUGACUAUCAGGUAGCUCCUCCGAGAAAUUUUGACAAUAAUAGAAUGAAUGUUGGCAGGGAAGUUGAGCCAGUUACUGGAGGCGAGCUUUACCCUCCACUUCAAAAUCCAGUGCAACUUACCAACACAACUACAGGUUCACCCACAAACACUCAUCAACUUUUAUCAACUCCAACGGUUACAAUAAAUACUGAAGCACAUGACAAUUCUACUUUUGACGAUAGUGAAGAUACUUCUGGUUAUGCGGGCCCAACAGUUCAAUGCCGUGUUUGUGAAUCUGAGAUAGUUUUGGACGGAAAGACUGGACAACAUGUUGUUCGUUGUUUGCAAUGUAACGAGGUCACACCAAUUCGCCCGGCUCCGCCUGGCAAAAAAUAUGUGAGAUGUCCUUGUAAUUGUCUGCUUGUAUGUAGAGCUAAAUCUACUCGAAUUGCUUGUCCUAGACAAAAUUGCCGACGUGUGAUUACUUUAGCCAGUAGUGGACCUCCAAAUACUGGAAUUCCCGGUACAGCUAUUCGAGCGCCUGUAGGCACUUGCCGUGUUCAAUGCGCUUAUUGUCAGGAAAUAUUUAUGUUUAACACACUUAACAAUCAAUUGGCUAUUUGUCCACAUUGCAGAAAAAGUUCCUCUGUCGGAACUCCUUUUGCCCGUUCUCGUUGUAUUCUCAACUCGAUUGGACUGUUUUUGGUUAGCCUAUUCUUGAUUGGUUUAAUUUUAACAAUUUCCAAUGGACAAGAUACUUUUUUUAUGUGGGCCUUUUUGGUUGCUUUGUUGUCUCUUUUCUUUUUUCUGAUUUAUCGACUAAUUUAUUUUUGGCGAAUUGGGAUUAGCCAGGUUUUUUUGAAAUUUAAUAAAAACUAG